GUCCUGGCAACGCAUCGCAGCCUUUCAGGCAAAGCUGAGGGACGGAAAUGUCCUCGUGUCCACUGAAUGCUGCUGCUGCUGCUGGAUCUCUCUGCACAAACACCAACAGACUGUCAACAUAGAAACAUGGCUGCCUCUGCGACGAGCAGGACGAACAACAGAGAUAACGCUACUACUAAAGACAGUCCCAAAUGCCUCGACUCUUCAUCUCUGUCGCAGUCACGGGAGAUAAUAAUCAGACCCAGCAUCACGGAGCUGAGCCAAGAAGUGAGGACGAACAUCCUCUGCACCGUGCAGGGAUGUGGCAAGAUCCUGCCCAACUCACCUGCACUGAACAUGCAUCUGGUGAAGUCUCACAGGAUAAAGGAUGGGAUUGUCAAUCCUACGGUCAGAAAAGAGAUGAAGGGCUCCCAGAAGCUUUACUGCUGUCCCGUUGAGGGUUGUCCCAGGGGGCCUAACAGACCCUUCUCCCAGUUCUCCCUGGUUAAACAACACUUCAUGAAGAUGCACGCAGAGAAGAAACACAAGUGCUUCAAGUGCAACAAUGGCUACAGCAUAGAGUGGGACCUGAAGAGGCACAUAGAGGACUGUGGGAAGACUUACCAGUGCACAUGUGGCUGCCCCUAUGCCAGCAGGGCUGCUCUACUCGGCCAUAUCUACAGGACGGGUCACGAGAUUCCUACAGAGCACAGAAUUCCUCCCGUAAAAAAGCGAAAGAUGGAGAAACUGUUAAGUAGUUCUGAAAAGGGUAAGACCAACGAGUCAACCUAUCAGAUCAUGGCUGCUAGUAAAGAGCUGACAGAGACCGCUCUCCCUUCUGACAUCCCAGAGUUAGUGAAUCAGAGCUCCAACCCCCGUAAGAGCCUCCCGAAGUUGCUCCUACCGAAGCCCAAGAUGGCAUUGGUCAGUGUUCCUGUGAUGCAGCUGGCCCACCUGCCCGUCCUCCUUCCGUCUACAGAAAGUGGGGCUCUGAGGUCUGUAGUGCUCGCGGUAGACAGCCAAGGCUCCGUCAGCACCCUUCACCUCCUGCCACAAGGAGCUGUGGUACCCCAACUUGACGCGAAGAGUUUGUGCUUUAAGGACAGCAUGCCUACUUCCCGCUCCAGCCUGGGGCCCAUUAGCACCGGGGUGCAGGUCAGUCUGGACAUCGCAUGCACGGAUGACUCAGCCAGCCUGGCAGGACAUCGGGGAAGAAGCACCUCCACCAACAUUCAGACGGACAAAUCGUACUUGUCAAAAAUGCCCACGGGAGUGGGGGUCGGGGAGGGAAUGGGGUUGUGCUCCGUGGGCGAGUCCUCUGUGUCGUCCUGCUCCCAAACCGACAUCAGCGUGAGCGCCCAAGUCCUCCUGCCAGUCAGUGUUGAAACCCAGACAUUCUCCUCCCGGGCAAAAGCCACAUCCUCUAUCGCAGCUCAGACAGACAGCCAGUGCAGCCAGAGUCAAAUUCCUUGCACCUCCUCAUCUGUGCCCCCAAACAAAACCAGGCAGACACAGACACAAUCGGAGGCUCAGGACCAGGCCAUCAUGUGCUCUGACCUGUUCGACAGUGUCUCCACUCAGACAGCUCUAGAGAUAGAUGACAGUAUAUAUGAGGACUCAAAGUCAGCUGGUGGUAUGUGUUUUGGGGUGCAGACAGAUGAGCUCAACUCAAACAACAUGGCAGAUAACCAGACCCAAACAAUGACCUUGUUAAGUGACCUAGAAAAUAUUCUGUCUGACAGCAUGUCGGGCCACCAGGUGCUCACAGAGGCCUCCGCAGGCUGCGGGUCAGGUCUGGGAUCUGUUCCGGAGCAACACAACGGCAUUGACUUUGACUUUGAAGAGUUUCUCAACGCCGUGCACAUCCAGACACAGACAGAGGAGAGUGAGCUGGGAGGACUGGGCGGCGACACACCGCUGGAGUCUCUGGACAUCCAGACCCAGACGGACUUCCUCCUGAUGGACGAACUGGACCAAAGCGAGGGACCAAGUCGAGCCCAGGCCAGCGACCUGGAGCUGUUUGACACUCAAACUCAGACUGACCUCAAUUUCCUGCUGAGCGCCGGAAGCCACAUGCCCCUGAGCAGCAUCCUACGACAUUCAAGCUUUUCUAUGAGCACCGAGUCUUCGGACACGGAAACGCAGACAGACAUCCCUUCGUUUGCCACAAGUCUCUCUGCUCAGACUCCCGUGAGUCAGGGUGAGCACGCAAGGCUGCUGAGCAGCACAGAGACACAGACUGUGACCUGCCACGCAGAAGGCCUGGGUCACCUCUUCCUAACGAGCAACGAAACACAAACGGUCAUGGAUGACUUCCUGUCAGCCGACGUGGCGUGGAAUAUGGAGUCCCAUUUCAGCUCUGUGGAAACCCAGACAUGUGAGGAGCUCUGUGCUCUCUUCCAACAACCUGAGAAACCCAACAGCUGAAGAAGCCCUCUUAGUGAAGCUGCCUGAGCUUUCGCAGUACCGGUUUCUCAUGUCCGCCUGCUCCUGUGAGAGGAAUCAGUCGACGCCGUCCUCCAGCGGAACCACAGUCUUAGCAGUAGGAAGUCUGCGAUGAUGUCUUUGAACAUUCCACUAGAGACAUCAUGUCCAGAGCCUUUCCCAGAUUUAUAUCCUGACAGCUCUGCUGCACUUUAUUAGCUCAAUGGGCAUGAUUUAUCAGCUCCUGUGACAGUUUACAUAUUUAUUUGCACAUAAAAGUAAUAUAUUGUAUGUGUCUUGUCUGUUUACUUCUAUAUUUCAGUGUGUAACCACUGUUUGGUCUUAACUAGCAGUUUAAAAAAAUGACUCAACAUUUCGUCAAUGUUAGAUCUGUACUUAAAAGGGAAGACAUCUUUAGCUGUGCGUGGCUGUAAAGAAAAAGGCUUGUACAAUUGCUACCCUGUGUGACAGCUUUCAGAUAUGCAUAUGCUGCAUGAAAACAAUGUCAUCUCAGCUGUACAGAAAAUCACAGUGUGCGUUCAGUUUACGUAUCUGUUUGGAAAUGUGCAUGAUGUGGUCAGCAGCACAGAAACAUAUCUAUUCUCAGCUUGUGCAUCUAAUGGCUGCGUGGUUGAUGUUGUCUUGUCAGCGGCAGCGAGACUAUAAACUCUGAAUUAGCUUUGCAGCCAGUGGAAAACUUGACCAGUGAGAACCUUUAUCAGCUUUAUGUUUUCCAAAAUAAAACUCCAUAAAGCCUUCAACAGUGAACAAGGCAUUGCUCAAAGCCGUUAAGAUGCAUCUCUGAAACAUACCGUUACUCAUACAGAUGUGGCACAUGUUAAAAUUGUUUAUGUCUUGUCAGUUGUUGCGCACCUUUCAUUGAAAUGUGAUUGUGAAGUUUGAUGUCGUGUAAACACUUUGUUUUAGCUAAGCAGUCAGUUGAAGUCAGUAAGCAGACUAGGCUUGUCAUUGUCUUUGACUUAUUCAUUAGCUGGGUGUAAGUGUAUACAGUAGCAGUACGCUGUGCUGAAGUGAUCCAGUAACGUUACUGUACAGAAACACAUUAGCACAGAGCUAUUGUACAUAUUCACCGCCUGAUUUUGACUGAAAGGAGUCCUGUUGAAUAUCAUUAGUUAACCACCCUUAACAAUCGGACGCAGUAUUUUAAUUUAUUUCAAUUUUUUUUAAAGCAUUAAUUUCAUGAUACUGUUGCACCUAGUUACCUCAUUAAGCACAGGCACCACGCACAGACUGUGUUCUACUUGGGAACGUAGAGCUAUAGGCCUUGAUUAUUUGAUCAUUUUGUUACGUUGGUGCCUUAACCCAAGUAUUAGCUUUAGUUCUGUUACAGACAAGUUGCUGUUUUUAAAAUAAUUAUCAGAAUUACACUAGAAUAUUGUUCACAAAAUGAACACACAGUGAAAAACCAUCCUUUCUGCCUUUGCUCUGCAUGUUUAAUCCAUUCUGUAUUGGUAUUUUCAUCAUGUUUGCAUGAAAUAGUUGACUGUCCCUAAUCGUUCUCUAUAGUUUCUAUACAAAGAUUUCUGUUCUGUCACAUGAAAUAAUGCUAUGCAGCAUUUUAUCAAAGAGAAUUGGUUUGACGCCAUCUUACUAUUUUUAUUGCCGUUACACUUUUAAUAGAUAUUUGUAGAAACUGAAGAAUGUACAGAACGUGACACUGUGCCCAAGUAUAACAUGCUCUAUUUUUUUGCACCACAUCCAAACAGUUUAAGGAUACUUUCCCUGUGUUAAUAAGGAUUUUAACUCUUAUGUUAAAUUUCAACAUUUCUUGUAUUGAGAUUAGUACUUCUAGUUUGUGGUUCUUGAAUUGAAAUGCAGCGUCAUAGCUUCUCCCUGCUGGUUUAGUGGCACAGGGAAAUGCCUUGCUUUAAACACAACUAUGUAGAAGCCUUGUCAGUCUCAAGUGUCAGUUCCAGUGCUUUAUUUGCUCUCUGCAUGCAGAUAUUUUUUUCCAGCACAAAAUAUUUGUUUUGGCAGAAUUUGAGGUCCUGUUGCCUAUAUGUGUAGAGUUAAUGGUUGCCUUGAUUAAUUGUUGAAGCUACACACUACAGAUGUUCUUAAUAAACUGCUGGAAAAGUGUA